GCUCUAAGGUUUUCCAAGGGUUUCGAUACUUGUAGCGCCGUGUUAAGGUGUCUAGGGAGAAGGACGAAAAUAAACGGCCUCGACAAUUACGCAUCGCCUCCCAAGUCAAACAUUCCCAAAAGAAAAGAAAAAAAUACAAGGGAAAAAAAAAGAAGGAAAUCCAAUCCACCCAAUUUCGCAAGAAAAGGAAUCGUUUCACGCCUUUUUCAAUUUAUUCAACACAUGCGACAACGACAAACAAUAUUAAAGAAACCAAUCUGUUUCUAAACAGCUGAAUGAGACGAAAAGGCAAUUGUCGCACUCACCACCAACCACGGUCGCGGAUCAUGGCAAAGCAAGAUGGUACGAGAAAUGCAAGUCAGCCUGCCUUGCAGGUCAUUGUGUUGGGCUCUGGCGGCGGACCGCAAGAACAUAAUGUUACCGCUCUUCUGGUAAGAUCAAUAAGAUCUGGUUGGGGUCGGGGCUCUAUAGUUGCCCUCGAUGCUGGUGUUCAUCUAUCCGCGAUCACUCGAAUUCUCGAGGAGACGCAACCAUCAGGACUCGGCGCCGAAAUUGCGUUGCCACAUGUCCUAGAAUCAGGUCCUUUUAAGGGUAUGGAAAUUCACUCGCCAUCCGCCUCUACCAACGCAGCACAUGUAACGAAACAUCUCAUCGACGCAUAUCUAAUCACACACCCCCAUCUUGACCAUAUCAGUGGAUUCGUCAUCAACACUGCAGGUCUACCGGGAACGAGGCCGAAGCGACUCGCAGGAUUACCCUCCACCAUCUCCGCAUUCAAGACCCAUAUCUUCAACAACGUUAUCUGGCCUAAUUUGUCAGAUGAAAACAAUGGCGCCGGGUUAGUAACCUACACGCGCCUCGUCGAGGGAGGUAGCCCGGCUCUUGGCGAAGGAGCCGGCAAGGGAUACCUUGAGGUCAGUGAUGACCUUACAGUCAAGGUUUUCAGCGUCAGCCAUGGGCAUUGUAUGGAAAGACAUACCCAUCGAGGUUCUACGUCUUCUUCUCGCUUUGGUAGCAUGGACAUCUCAGCUAUGCCGUCCCCAAGAGGUGUCCAGGGUAGUAACGCUGCUUCAGGACCGUCGUCUAUUUUCCGACCGUCCAGUGUCGGACACACAUCGGGGGUCCAAGAACGAGAGUCGAUAUGCGUUUAUGAUUCGAGUGCAUACUUCAUCCGAGAUUCAAUCAGUGGCCGUGAAGUUCUGAUGUUCGGUGACGUGGAACCCGAUAGUAUCUCACUAUCACCAAGAAACAUUGGAGUCUGGCAAGAAGCUGCCCCGAGAAUAGCUAAGGGAAAUCUUGCGGCGAUCUUCAUCGAGUGUUCUUAUGACGAUAGCCAGACCGACGACCGAUUAUUCGGCCAUUUGACACCGCGCUACAUCAUCCAGGAAUUGAAGGCUCUCGCUGAAGAGGUUGAAACGGCUCGGCAGAUUCUAGUUAAGCUCAAACCGAAUAAGAAACGCAAGAGGGAACUGGAAGAGGCGAAUAGAAGGACGAACCGAGCCACUGCUAGAGCUGGUGGAGACGACGGUCCCGUUUCGCCGAAGUCGAUUCGACCGCGAGGAGGUUCAGGCUCGGCGUCAGUCCCUAGUGAGAAUGGUUUUGACUCACCGCACACCGGAACCCCAGCCACAGAGAUUGAUUUCAAAGAGUAUGAAUCGAAUAUGACACCGGCAUCUUUCACUAGUCCUCAGAAGGCAACCCAUCCUCUCAGGGGCCUGAAGGUGGUUAUCAUCCACGUCAAGGAGAAGCUUAAUGAUGACGAACCGGCGAGAGAUACGAUAUUGAACGAACUCCUAGCGCACGAAAGGGACGCUGAACUGGGUUGCGACUUCAUCGUAUCGAAAAUGGGACAAAGUCUCAUGUUUUGAUUUCUGUUUCUAUUGCAUAUACGACUAGGGGAUGUUUCUUAUCGAUACGAUAUAGCACGAGGGCAUGUGGCGCGUGGUGUUUGUAUGUAUGAGUUCUGUGCGACUUGUGUGAAAUAAGGGCCUCGUUUGUUUCUUCUUUUUUUCUAUCUGGUUAGACAUGAGGCAACGGCGUUUUGAGGAUUUUCUGUGAGCAGAGCAAGAGGUAAUCUCUACCCAUGUACUUUUGUCAGGCGUCAAGGUCUCGAAUACCUAGGUCUUAGAUGAGGAUGCUCGGAGCACGAUAAUUUGAGGCGCAACAAUACAAUUAGGCGGCAUGAAAAUACCGUCAGUUACUUAUUUAUGUUUCGUCAUCGGACAUCUUGAAAGUUUUUAAAGUUCCUAAUGUUUGUAAUCAUCUACUUAUUAUCUUGGGUGCUAAUAUCCUCCAGCUCGGAGCUUUUAUUUUCUCCCCGGAGUAUUUGAAUUCGGCGACAUUUCUUAGUCCUAUGCCACCCAAUAUGUCCUAAAUACUAGCAUGUGAAGCGCUAUAUUACGAGGCCCCAAUCCACUACGUCAUUACGUGGCUAUCGAAAU